ACCCAUCUCCCUAUGUCAACUGUACUCAACAGCCACGAUGAAGGUCGAGUCGCAAGAGCCCGACUCAGCUCAUGGCGAAGAGCAAGCCAUCCACCCCAUUGAGACCGAGGUCCGUCUCUUUCUCCAACGACGACGCCAAGAAAUUGCAGAGAGACCUCUAGGCUAUAUGAAGUCUGGGUCCCGCAACACCCAGUCGCCACCGGGCAAAAUGCGUCUCGAGGUCACCAGGACAUCGUCUUUCAGCUGUCGGGUUCAGUACGUCUGGCAACCUAGCAUAGCGCAGAGCGACCCACGGCCUGAUGCCCAUGGUGAGAAGUUCAGAUGGAUCUUUGAUCAAGAUCAAGAGGCUGAAAGAGUCGCGGCUGCUGCCAGGCUCAAGGCCGCCCCGUCGGACUCCGCACAAAGUGGAUCAGAACGCCAGUGACAUCACUUUCACUCUGUGAAUCCUGUACGAUACCUUCGGUGGAAAGGACUGUGGCAUUCAUAAUGUGGAUCAGGGCUGCUCAAGGAUCAUUCUUCUCAAGCAGGCAAGCCAGAUGGUUUAAGGAUAGUGAGGAAUCGUCGGGUCUGUUGGGUGAGGGUUGGUGCAAGGGGCUCCCGCUGGCUUGUUGCACUUGCAGAGCUGUUGAGAAAUGGCAAAGAAGUGGUGUAGACGCAAAGACCUCUACGUCAGUAUCACCAAUGGGGGAAACCUGAGUCAUGCACGUUACGUUCGACUCACGUUGAAGCAGUCGUUCUGGUAGUCGCAGUAUGACCAUGUGUAGCACCCAUCGUUGCCCGAGCCUUGUCGAGCAGCGAGGAGCUCUGUGGAUGAUGGAUGAGCAAGCGUAGGAGGGUGGGGGAGUGUCAACAGUGCCUUCCGGAUGCACAGUGAG